ACUGAGCUCAACGUACCCAAUUUGUAAAAGUUGCAUUAGAUUAGAACCCAAUUCUCAUCUUCAUCAAUAUUGAUAUAUCAGCAUUGCAGAGAUGAGAUUCGUCAUGUCAGUUCUCUACUUUCUUGUAUUCUUUUCUUAUGCAGCUGCAUAUGAUCCAUUGGAUCCCAACGGGAACAUAACAAUAAAAUGGGAUAUAAUGUCCUGGACUCCAGAUGGCUAUGUGGCAGUUGUGACAAUGAACAAUUUUCAGAUGUACCGGCACAUCAUGAGCCCUGGCUGGACCUUAGGAUGGACAUGGGCUAAAAAAGAGGUGAUAUGGUCUAUGGUGGGGGCUCAAACCACCGAGCAAGGUGACUGCUCCAAAUUCAAAGUGAAUGUCCCACAUUGUUGCAAGAAGAAUCCUACUGUUGUAGAUUUGCUUCCUGGUGUGCCUUACAACCAGCAAUUUCAGAACUGCUGCAAAGGUGGGGUGGUGUCAUCAUGGGGCCAAGACCCCACAUCUUCUGUAUCGUCUUUCCAGGUCAGCAUUGGGCUUGCUGGGACUUCAAACAAGACUCUGAAACUUCCCAAGAACUUCACUUUGCUAGGUCCAGGACCGGGGUAUACCUGUGGCCCUGCCAAGA